CGCACCUCACACCACCUGACCCCUCUGCUGGCAAGAGGGGACCUGAUUCAUCUUCAGGCUAGAUACUCAUUCCACACAACCAAUUAAGAGAGCAGAAGAGCAACUGAAACAUCUUUGCCUCGGACUUCAAAAGUGAAUGAGCAAUCCCUCCAAACUGACUCAAAAUGUUUGUCUCACCCAGAAGAUGGAGCUCCCGAAGGGCUUCUCUGGCCAACGGACAUUCCUAUCUGCCAUCCUCAACAUGCUAUCACUCAGCCUCUCCACAACAUCCCUGCUCAGCAACUACUGGUUUGUGGGCAUACAGAAGGUGCCCAAGCCCCUGUGCGGGAAAGGUCUGGCAGCCAGGUGCCUUGACCUGCCACUGCCCUUGGAUGGAGGCAACACCAACGCAUCAUCCCAGGAGGUGGUGCAAUACAGCUGGGAGGCUGGGGAUGACCGCUUCUCCUUCCGUACCUUCCGCAGUGGCAUGUGGCUAUCCUGUGAGGAAAUCGUGGAAGAACCAGGGGAGAGGUGCCGAAGUUUCAAUGAACUCACACCACCAACCGAGAGAGGUGAGAAGGGACUACUGGAAUUUGCCACGUUGCAAGGCCUACGUCACGCCGCUCUCCGAUUUGGAGGGAAGCGGUUGAUGGAGAAGGCUUUCCUCCCCCACCCUCCCUUGGGGCUUGUGGCAAAGAUCCUAUGGUUAUCACUGGGAGCCCAGUUCACCUACAUUGGACUUGAAUUCAUCAGCUUCCUCCUCCUACUAACGGACUUGCUGUUCACAAGGAACCCUGGCUGCGGCCUCAAGCUGAGCGCCUUUGCGGCCAUCUCCUCUGUCCUGUCAGGUCUUCUGGGAAUGGUGGCCCAUAUGAUGUAUUCACAAGUAUUCCAGGCAACUGCCAACUUGGGUCCAGAAGACUGGAGGCCACACUCUUGGAAUUAUGGCUGGGCCUUCUACAUGGCCUGGCUUUCCUUCACCUGCUGCAUGGCAUCGGCUGUCAUCACCUUCAACACAUACACCAGGCUGGUGCUGGAGUUCAAGUGCAAGCACAGUAAGAGCUUCCAAGGAAACCUGAGCGCCCUCCCACAUCACCACCAGUGUUGCCUUCAGCAACUGUCAAGUGCAGCCCACCCGGGGGGGCCUUUGACCGGCUACCACCAGUAUCACAAUCAGCCCAUCCGCUCUGUCUCUGAAGGUGUUGACUUCUACUCAGAGCUACACAACAAGGGAUUUCGACAAGGGACCAGCCAGGAACUAAAAGAAGAGGUGCCUGGGUCAUCUGUAGAGGAAGAACAGUGUUAGGAGUAAGUGUGUUUGGAGAGCAGGCUGAGCCCAACCUUACGUGUGUGUUAUCAACAUGUGCUUAAGCCGAAGUCUGUUUCUUGAGCACGGUGUUUAGAGGCUAAGAACAAGGGUAUCUUACGGUAAAGGGGUGUGUGCCUGGCACCAUUGUUCCCCCACGGCUGUGUCACUUCGCUAUCCCCCAUAUCUCACACGUUCAAAAUCCUCUCCCUCCUUUACGGAUUGCUUGUUGUGAGCCGGGUUCUGGGAUAAGCAAUGGAGAUAAAAAGAGGAGUAAAAUACAGUCUCUGCCCUUCAGGGGCUUCUCAGUCUGGUCACCUGUCUGGGAUCGGGAGGAAUGGAGGUGGACAAAUCAACGGUAGUUGACUGUGGUUCAGCUUUCCAUGGUGUACCUGAAUUUUCCUGGAAGUCACAGAAUGAAAGAUGAAGGCACUACCAGUAGGAGCUUUGACACGGAGGACAGAUGUCCUCCACACUGCCUGUUAGUGUCCUGCAUCCACACAGUAGGUACCUGAUGCAAGCUUAAUUAAAUAUGAUCCUAGAAGCCACUAGGAGGCUACUGUACAUAAGAUGGCCCCUAGAGCACGCAGGGACAGGUCCACGUCCAGAAAUGGCCCACCGAGGCUACUCAGAUGGGACUGGGGUUUCCCGGUGGAGAACCAUACCGGAGACUCCCCAGGGAACAAGGCUGCAUCACGCACUCCUUUCUGGGUCCCCACCUUCUCAUCCAUCCACUCGCCCUUUCUCUGUUCCAUAAGGGAAAACAAGCCAUCCCAGAUGACUAAGAAGA